AUGUCUCAAGAUUCCACCAAGUUCGUAGGCACUGCGAAUCGUCACAACAAGGGUGGAUUGGUGGUUCAGUGGUCAGAGUACGCGUUAGUUACGUUAGAGGUUAUGGAUUUGACUCUUCGGCAAGAGGAGCCCAGAAUUCUACCACCCACUUUGCUCUUAGUCGCAUGGUCGGGUUUCCCCUCAACCGGUGAACGAGCGGCAUUUAGACUCCUCUACACACCGGCCGUCUGCCCUAUUUUACGUUCCAAUUUCUCGAAGCCAAAGGACCCCGAAGGUUAUUCUACGGGAAAGCAUUAG